AUGUUUAAUAAAGUAAUCGUGCGGGGAUCCCUAGCGCUGCGUUUCAACAUCGAUCUGACCGGCAGUCGUGCAAACAACUUUCUCGUCCAGAACGUCGCGAGAGCGCUGGUCGACAAGAUCGCUGUAAAAUACAAGAGCGCAAACCAGCCUGACGCAUCCUGCCACGACAUAUACAAAAUUUUCGUGCGCGAAAACAACAUGCUGCCGGAAGGAAUUCAAACCAACUCGCUCGGACGCCAAAGACAAAGAGAAAACGUGCGUGGAUGCUGAAAAAGCUCUUGACCCCGUUUUGGGUAACAACUACAACACCCGGCUGGACCACCCUAUUUUGAGUCAUUGUGGGGUUUUCCACCCAGAGGCCCUCUACAACGAUUUUGAGGCCCUCUACAACGACCUUAUUUUCGAACUGACGCUUGCGUUGGCUUAACAGGUUGUAAAAGGCUCAGACGCGUCAAAACUUGUCUACAAACUGACAAACAUUCAGCUAAAGUAUGAGACCAUCCACAGCAAAAAAUUGGCAGACGUGGCAACCAGCGUGUACAACAGCGGCAAGGCCUUCGCAUACGAUCAUAUCAUGCGAGAAGAGGUAACCUUUGCAAAAGCCACGGACAACAGGCUCAACAUCAGAGUGAACCCUCAGCGCUUGUCGCUUAAGAGCAGUCGUCUGCUCUUUAUCGAACCCUACACCGCCGGCACCCGAGACUCGGAAAAAUACGUCAACCCGAACAUCACCAUAGUGAGCGUCACGGUGAACGGUUCGCCAAACAAGAUCUACAACAACGGAACCGAGGCACAGGAUCUGUGGCCGGACGUA